AGACGACGACCAUGACGGUUGCUGCUGACAGCGGAUCGUCGUAGACUGGGAUGACUUGCGCUGUAUGAGUGCAACAGUGUGUCCUGCCCACGGUGUCCUCCGCCAACCGGACCGGCUGAGGGGCGAGGCGAUUCCGCUCCCUGCUUCCGGUCCUUCUGCCGCCGCCGCCUGCAUCGCGUCCUUACCCCACCAUCCAACGAUCCUCACUCCCCGCAUCACCCCAGGGAGCAUAUAGAGGCAGAUUCGACACCUCACGAGUCGUCACUGUUGUCCUCGUCAUUCGCCCACGAUGGUCAUCAAGGCUUAUGACUCAUUUCUCCUCAACAAUGCUUCGCAGAUCACAGCAGUCGAGUCAAGCCUGCGGUCCCUGACCUACUUUCUCCCAGGUCGGUUCAAGGAUGCUGAGCUGGCGGGUGAGGCAAUCUACUCUGCCAUGAACCUCCUCGGCCUCUACCACGAUGAAAUUCUCAAGAGGCUCGUCAUCUACCGGGACAUCAACGUGGAUGGUCCUCAACAAACGAGGAGACUGGCUUCCAAGCCCAUUCAGCCACUGAACGGUGCCUCUUCGGACCAACCUCUGCUUCCUCAUACGCCUUCGUCUCAUGCGAGGUACACAAACUACUAUUCUGACAAGUCGCCUGCCUACAAGACCAUGGCCAGGCUGCUGGUGGUCAUUGGAUAUACUGAGCUGCUGGCGGAGAUGGUGGCAAGGAGGAAACUGAGCAGAAGCAAGGCAUGGGAUGUUGUACUUGGCAUAGAGGCAGUCAAAGCGUCCCUACGUCUAGCCCUUUUCAGCAUCUCUGAGUCUCGCCUCUCCAUCAACCCGCCGGUUCCCGAGCGAGAAGUGGACCCGGCUAUGCUGGAGACGGAGCGGGAAGAGGCUCUGCUGGCUCAACUCCGGGAAGCCUCUGCCUCUGCUGCUGUGAGCUCUACAACUUCGACAGGCGAGCAGAGGGGCAUCACAGCAACAGAGGGUGUCUCUAGUCCUGCUAGGAGCUCUUCGGCAAGGGCAGACACCUGGACUGGCUCAAGGACUGGUUUCGUACGGCCCACGCUCGCCUCUCUGCGUAAAGACGAUCGUCCGAUCGAUCCAGUUACCGGUCGUCCCAUUCCCGACUCGCCGGCCAGCUUGAAUCUCCCUUCUGGCUCUCGUCCUACAUCACGCUCGCGAUCUCGAUCAAGGCUGAGCUCACAUAGCGAUACCGACAGCGAUUCGUCCGACGAGACGCUGGUGGAGCCAGCCUCUGGCUCUGCUACCACCACUCCCUUUACUCAACAGUCCAUUGACUCGUACCUCACUUCGCGAGCUCUGACUCGUGAAGACGUGCUUCCACCUCCGACCCUGGUCCGCUCCUUUGCCAAUUCAAAGAGGGGUACAACAGCCGAGCUCCUUUGGAUUCUGCGGCCCAUCUUCUACCUCUUGGCCAUCCGGAAGUGGGGAGCAAGGAGAUGGGAGCCCUGGACCAUCUCGCUGGUGACCGAGGCUCUAUCUCACUUCCUGCGAGGAUCAGCAUACAAGAGUCCCGCACUCAUGUCAGGAACUCAAAAGUCACACUUGGCGCCCCUGCAGAUGAUGUUGACGCUGCUGACCUCUAGCUCCAACCCGCUGUUCAAGCUGGUGGCCCAUUUGGGGAGGAAGACGCUGGCUACUACUCAGCCCGUGAGCCAGGUGGAGAGCGAGGAGUGGUCCCGAAGGAAGAGGGCGUUUCUUUGGUAUCUGCUGCGUGGACCUCUGUGGGAGACGUGGACAAAGAAGAAGGUCGUGGCACUGUGUGAUCGAUGGGAGGACAAGGCGGUGCUGGGCUUGGGAGCAUCGAUGGCUAGGGAAUAUGUGCCCUUGGUGGAUGGACUAUGGUUCUAUACUGCUUCGCAGUAGCAAUGCACGUAGGGGGGGAAAGAAAGAAGGAGCAAUACACAGCUUCCGCCCUGUCUCUCUCUUUCUCUUUCUUGUCAUUUGGUCCCGCAUACCUGUCUGCCUCUUUUCACUGGUCUUGUGAUGAAUCGAGCGUGAGAGCCUCCC